AUGGACCCAUCACCGCGAGGUACCAAGAACUCAGUUGGUGUUUCGAAGAAGUCCGUCAAGCAUGGUAGUCCUCAUUCAAGACGGUGGCCGAGAGGGUCAUUUUCAGCAUAUCGCUAUAUAGAUGGAUUCCUUUCUCGUCUGAGCCGUCUCCGCCCUGAAAGAGUGAAACUUAGGAAGACAAGGCGCCUGCUCUCCAAGCUUCGCAGCACUGGACGAAAUGGUCACAAACCAAGUAGCUCUACGCUGUUUGCCAGGGCUAAUGGGGCUUCAGACUCAUGGGAGCUUAAGCAGCCUGAUUCGAGCCCAGCUGGGGAUCGUUCAGACAGUUUUCCGUCUAAAACUGAGCAUAUUCAUGAAGUCAGUGAGAGAAAGACACAAUUUAUUGACUUCGAAAAGCUUGAAUCCGGAAAUGAUGACAAUCUUUCCAUUGUUGACACUUCAAGCACUACUGGAACAUCAAAUGCUCCGAAAGAAUUGAGUGCCGGCCCUCAGCCCGACGUCGUGGAUGUUCAUCCAUACUCAUUACUGCCUCCGUCGCUUAACUUACAACAGGCAAUAGCUGCCAGUUCUCAGAUGUGCGGUGUCCAAAUAUCUCAGGUGGUUGAUAUCCUGCCUUGUACACCUCUCCAGGAGGGACUCAUAGCUCUCACUGAGAUACGGCCCGAGAACUAUGUGACCGAGCAUACCUUUCAAGUUGGACCAGACAUUGACGCAGAUCUACUUCAAACCGCGUGGCUUCGGACUGUAGAGUCCAAUGCUAUCUUGCGGACAAGGAUCAUCAGUUUGCCUCAUGUGGAGGGUCACAUUCUGGUGCAAGUCGUCGUUGAUGAGGGACUGUGGUGGACGACCAUCAAUGAGCAAGACUCCAUUCAAGACUCCACGCAAGACUCCACCACGGAUGUUGCCAUGGGAUUGGGAACACCUCUUUCCAUAUUCAAUCUUGUAAGGUCUACACGUUCUGGAAACACCAGACUGGUAUGGAGGGUACAUCACUCUCUCUUUGAUGGAUGGACUGUGCCCCUUAUCUUGAAAGAGGUGCAAAACAUUUAUUUUGGUCAACCACGUCUUGGAUUGCAGCCCAUGUCCCGGUUUAUCAAGCAUUUGCUAAAUCGGGAUGUGGAUACAGAGUUUCGAUUCUGGACGGCAAUGUUUGAGAACAGUGAGGGCAUACAUUUUCCACCAGUACUGGUAAAUCAUCAUACACAGCCAGACAGCGAAAAAGUACGGCACAUUUCAGACAUGGGCUGGGGGGAUAGUGACUUCACUCCAGCGACCCUUCUCAAAGCGGCAUGGGCGGUUGCUACUGCAAACGCGACUGGUUCCUGCGAAGCUCUCUUUGGGUUAACAGUUACCGGUCGUCAAGCUGCUUUAGAGGGAAUCGAGCUGAUUGCAGGCCCGACCAUUGCAACAAUACCUGUAGCAGUUUUAUUCGAUUGGGAUACAAGCAUCAACCAGCUACUCGAGAUGGUGCAAGGUCAGACAGCAGAUAUGAUUUCAUAUGAACACACCGGUCUGCAGAAGAUUGCACGAAUGAGUGAUAAAGCAGCAACCGGUUGCAAUUUUCAGACACUACUGGUGAUACAGCCAAGUAGCACGGGUAGUAGCAAGGACGAAGACUCCCUGUUCUUAACUGAAGUCCAUGAUAACAAGGCCGGGUCAACCUCAGACACGUACCCAGUGGUGGUUGAAUGUUUUUUGGGCUCCAGCGGAGUUGAUUUACGGGUUAUGUUCGACUCGACAGUUAUUGCUCAGGAUCACAUGGAUUUUGUUAUCGAUGACUUCGUCUCCGCUCUACGGCAUCUCAACGAUAGCAACAUUGGCCAUCAAAGUCUACAACUACUCCACGGUGAACCAUGGCACAUCUGCCAAGCUUUCAGUUGGAAUGAAACCGUACCACUACCGACGCUAGAGUGUAUCCAUGACAUGAUAACUCGAAGGGUAUUGAUGAACCCUUUGCGUCCGGCCAUCAAUGCGUGGGACGGAGACUUCACAUAUGAACAACUAGACGUCAUGUCGACUCGGUUGGCCCUCCAUGUAUGCGGCACUGGAGUUCAGGGGAAGAUUGUGCCUCUUGUAUUUGAAAAGUCUGCUUGGAUGCCCAUCGCCACCGUGGCCGUCAUGAAAGCAGGUGCUGCAUGCUUAGCAUUGGACACAACGCAACCACUCGAGCGCCUGCGAUCCAUCAUCGCACAAGCAGAGGCACCACUAGUUCUAUCAUCUAUUGCGAAUGAGUCUCUCUCUUUUCAACUCGGCAAUCAUACAACCAUUCUUGUCGGACCAAACCAGGAUUGGAAUCCGUCAGUAUCAACGCUUCCUGUUGUUGACCCGUCAGACGUAUUAUAUCUCUGUUUCACUUCGGGCAGUACCGGCGUUCCCAAGGGGGCCUUGAUUACCCAUUCAAAUUUCGCAUCAGCUGUAACUUAUCAACAGGUCCAACUGGGCUAUUCAUCCUCCUCACGAGUUUUCAACUUCUCAUCUUAUGCAUUUGAUCCUGCCUGGUCUAAUAUCAUUCAAACUUUUACUUCCGGAGGGUGCCUCUGCAUACCUUCGCAGGAAGAGAGGGACAAUGAUCUUGCAGGUUGCUUGGAGCGAUAUGGCGUGAACCACGCUGACUUUACACCAUCCGUGGCACGAAUUGUAGGCGAAAAGGCAUUAUCACGGAUGUCUACAAUCCUCACUGGCGGCGAGCCUGUCCUACCCGGCGACACAUUUCUAGUCAACGGUGAAACCAAAAUGUUCAAUGUGUAUGGUCCGGCUGAGUGUACCCCAGUUGUAGCAUUUUCUGAGAUUAAACCAGGUGAUAUUGCUAUAGGACGAGGAGCAGGAGUGUGUACAUGGGUAAUCGAUCCUGAAACGAACACUCCCAGCAAACUCGGCGAAGUCGGUGAGCUUUGGGUUGAGGGCCCCUUGGUUGGUCGAGGAUAUCUGAAUAACGAAUCGGCAACGAGCAAAUCCUUCAUUGAAGAUCCAGAAUGGCUCACUCGCUGCACAUCAAAGACCAUGGGUGCCGCCAAAGUGCACGGUCGUCGAGGAAGACUCUACCGUACUGGAGACAUGGUCCAAUAUCGUCCAGAUGGCUCGCUACAGUACGUUGGGCGAACGGACACGCAAGUCAAAAUCCGUGGGCAGAGGGUUGAGCUUGGCGAAGUUGAGCAGCACGUUCUGCUGGCCCUUCCAGAGGGGGUAUCUGCUCUCAUAACGGCUGAGGUUAUUCAAGUGAAGAAGUCACAGUCCCUUACAAUCGUUGUGUUCAUCACGCUAAAGGGCCAAGACGCCUCCCAAAUGACUGAGGACGCGCAUGAAUUAGCUGUCGCCGAUCUUGUUGAUGGACUGAGAACCCGUCUGGUGGACAGAAUCCCUCGCUUUUUAAUGCCGACAGCCAUUAUACCCAUGUUUAGUCCCCCGAUGCUUACAAGUGGUAAAACCGACAGAAAGUCUCUUCGCAUCAUGGGAGAAUCGUUGUAUCAUCGGUACUCUAAGACCAGCAACGUACAGAAUGAACCGGAAGAGCCACUUAGCAACAUAGAAGCUAUUAUUCAACAGUCGUGGAUGUCAGUCAUGGAUUUGCCAGUCGAGGAUGUCGGAGUCAACGAGGAUUUUACAAGAAUAGGUGGCGACUCAAUCACCGCAAUGCAGAUAGUCUCUCAGUGCAAGCUUCACAAUAUCUCGUUUACCAUCAGCGACCUUUUGCAAGCGUCGACGAUCAAAAAGCUGGCCAGUCGAUGUACGGUACGCGGGAUAGAAGACAUCCAAAACUUGGGAGACGAGGACGAUAUUGCCGAAGGUCCGUUUGACCUUUCUCCAGUACAACAAAUGUUCUUCAACACUUACCCUGACGGAUUUAAUCACUGGAACCAAAGCUUUCUAUUGAAGCUGAGUAGCAUCGUUUCAUUCGAGCUCCUUCAAAGAGCAUUGAAUGCUGUAGUCUGUCGACAUGACAUGCUACGCUGUCGCUUCCAGAAAGACCCAGCCACCGGACGUUGGAUGCAGCAAAUAUGUGAUGAAAAUGACCCCCAGUCCUUCGCUUUCACGGAACAUGUGGUACAAAACCAUGCCGAGAUUGCCACACUUGGUCAGCACCGACAGGAGACGAUGAAUCUCCAGUUAGGUCCUGUGUUUGCCUGCGAUAUCUACAGAGUUCCGAACGGAGAGCAGAUGGUACUUCUCUCGGCGCACCAUACAGUGGUUGAUUUGGUGUCCUGGCGAAUCAUCUGGGGUGACAUUGAGGACUUUAUAUCCCACGGGCGUCUCAUGUCUCAUCCCACAAUGACUUUUCGUGCAUGGUGCCGACGUCAAGCUCGAGUUGGAGCGAGUCUGUCUCCUCUGUCCGUCUUGCCGUACUACGUACCACCGCUUCAAGUAGGGUUCUGGGGGAUUGACCAGCUAGAAAACACAUUUGCGGGCUGUACGAGUUACAGUUUAAGGUUUGAUAAGUCUUGUACCGCAAAACUUUUUGGCGAUUGCAAUGGGCCGCUGCGAACCGAGCCCCUUGACAUCAUCAUCGGCACUUUGGCCUACACAUUCGUUCAGAUGUUCCCAGAAAGGGAGGUAGCGACUAUAUGGCUGGAGGGACAUGGUAGGGAGCCAUUUGAUGAGAGUCACUGCGACGUCUCGUCCACCGUCGGCUGGUUUACUACGCAGUAUCCCUUACAAUUGCCAGUGUGUCAAAACACCUCGGCCUUGCAUGCUAUUCGUCUUGCAAAGGAUUUCAGACGGAAAGUUCCCAGCAAAGGCCAACCGUAUUUCUCAUGUCGCUAUCAUAGUGAAUCUGGCCGCACCAUGUUUGAGGGCCAUGAGGUGUCUGAGAUAUCGCUCAACUUUACGGGCAAGUUCCAACAACUCGAGAAAGACGAUGGUCUGUUCAAACAUGCGGACUUGGACGACGGCGCAGGCGCUAUUACAGAAAUGGCUUCCACAGCGAGGCGCUUCGCAUUAAUUGAGAUUGAAGCCUCUGUUCAGGACGAUGAACUGCUAGUGUCCUUCGACGUACACGAGAAAAUGAAACAUCAAGAGCGACUGCAGGGAUGGGCGGGUCUAUUCCACCGUCAAGUUGAGUCCACGGUUGACCAGCUAUUGAAGUCUGGCCCUGUUCUGACACUAUCUGACCUCCCCCUUCUCAAUAUGUCGUACGAUGGACUUGACACACUGCUGAAUGAACAACUGCUCCGUAUAGGGAUCAACUCUGGCGAUGUUGUUGAUAUAUACGGAUGCUCGACACUGCAGCAGGGAAUUCUGCUUAGUUUCCAAAAGGAGAAUGCGUCUUAUGAGACGGUUUCGAUCUGGCGAUUGGUCUCACCUCCCAACGCGGGUGUUGUGCUCGUGCCAAAGUUCCGCCAAGCAUGGGAAGACGCCGUAAACCACCACACAAUCUUGCAAUCCAUCUUCACUGUCCAUCCUGAAACAGGAGAGUUUAUCCAAGUUGUUUUAAGAAAUGUCAAACCUCGCGUCACAAUUCUCAACGCCGGGAAUCAGAAUCCCACAGACGUCCUGACCGAGUUGCACCGGCCGGUAUUCGCUGAAAACGAACCAAAUCAUGCACUCACCAUUUGUCAAUCGUCCACUGGCGAAGUAUCUUGUCGACUUGAUGUUAGCCACAGCCUCGUUGAUGCCUCCAGCAUGUUUGGUCUUGUGCGAGACGUUCUGUAUGGCUAUGAUGGCAUUGAGAUUCCUCCUCGAACACCAUUUAGGGAGAUGAUUCGGUACUUGUCUGGCAUUUCCAAGACACAAAGGAUAACAGCUUGGGCCAAAUUGCUCCAAGGAGUGCAGCCCUGCGAGUUUCCCAUCUCUUUGCGAGGUCUCACCAGGACUUGCACAGAGAGCUCUGGGCAAAUUUCCAUCUCCGCUAGUGCUAUCGAUGGGGUCGCAGAGUUCUGUAGAGAUAUCGGCAUUACCCGAUCUGUAUUUAUACAGGUUGCUUGGUCCAUGGUGCUCUCUCAUUUUACAGGCCGCGAUGACGUCUGUUUCGGAUAUCUCUGCAAUGGGCGAGAUAUACCAGUCGAAGGUGUAGACACCAUGGUUGGUCCUCUGGCCAAUCUGCUUAUUAGUCGCGUCAAUUUACGUCUCCCUCCUGAGGAAGUGCUUCGACAAACGUCUCAAAACUCAAUAAAUCACUUAGCAAUCCAACAUAUCUCUCUCGCAGAUAUCCAGCACCAUCUUGGGCUUUCUAAGAGGCUCUUCAACACUGCGUUGUCAAUUCGGGGAGCCGACAAGAUGGACAUGGAAAAAGUUCCUAACCUUACUAUGGAACCGCAAGGAGGAGAAGAUCCCCAUGAGUUCGAUAUUGGCCUUAGUGCGCUUAUCGAUGGAGACAAUAUGGGAAUAUUAAUGGAGUAUCAUCAACCGUAUGUCCCAGAGCAUAUUGCUCGAGAAGCUGCGAAUGUUUUCACGAAGGCCACCCGUCAUCUGCUAGACACAGGCAGAGGGGAUGCGCAAAACAACAACCAAGUAACUACUCUCGCUAGUAAUUUCUUCAAGCAGACUGUUGGUCAAGACGAAGCUUCUACACAACAGUUCUGGGGAGAUCAGUUUGCAAAUAUUGAAAACUCCCACUUCCCAUCUAUUGAGGCUGAUGUCCAACCAAAUAUCGACAACGAGGUGCAUUUCAAAAUAUCGGGGCUGAAUUUCUCAACCAAAGCAGAGUUCUCUGCGGAAACUAUUGUUAGGGGAGGGUGGGCAAUUCUGGCAUCACAUAUGGUUGGUUCCAACGAAGCAAUAUUCGGUGCUAUUGCCAGCAACAAUACCGCUCAGUUUCCAAUUCGCAUCCCACUGACCCCUGAGAUGACCAUCGACGGCUUUCUCUACGACAUUCAGCUCCAAUCCCGUUCUUUACGUCACUUUGAGCACACUGGUCUCUGCCGGAUCAUGUCUAUGAGUGAGGAAGCUGCUCUGGCUGCUCAAUUCCAGACUAUUAUACACAUGGAGCAACAACCGGCAACAAAAGCUCGAGCUCAAAGUCAUGGCCAUCAUGCGUUAUUUGUCUCGUGCUAUAUCAAUGAGACCGACACAAACCUUACAUUUAGCCAUGACUGCAGCAUAUUGGAUAACCAGCAAGUGUUGCGUCUUGCUCAUCAGUUGGGAAUUAUUUUGCGCCAACUCCUCGAUCCUGACUCCAGGAUAACCCAGCUCAAUGAUCUAACUCUGGUCAGCCCGCAGGAUAUUGAAGAUAUAUGGAACUGGAAUGCUGUCGUUCCCCAGUCUAUGGAGGCAUGUAUGCACGACCUCAUCACCAACAGGGCUCGCGCACAACCAAAGGCACAGGCUGUUUGCGCCUGGGAUGGGAAUCUAACUUAUUCUCAACUAGAUGAGCUUUCUACUCGUCUUGCCAUGCAACUCACUGGGUGUGGAAUCGGUCCUGGGAGCUGUAUCCCACUUCUUUUUGAGAAAUCCAUGUGGAUGCCUGUGGCAGUGGCCGCUGUUAUGAAGGCCGGCGCUGCGGCAGUAGCCACAGACACGGCAACACAGCCCGAAGAAAGGCUACGUUGCAUUAUACAAACUGUAAAAGCUCCCAUGAUUUUGUGCUCCAGCUCCAAUAGACAUAUUGCGGACAAUCUGAGCGAGCACGUCGUCGUCGUUGGCUCUGACUUGUUUUUUGAACAACUCGGGAACCAGAAGUUGCCAACAGUAAGUCCUGCGGACUUACUUUACAUUAUUUUCACGUCAGGUUCAACUGGGACUCCCAAGGGCGUAAUGGUCAGUCAUAGAAAUAUGGCUAGUGCCCUUAAACAUCAGAGCAAAGCUCUGGGAUACCAAAGCGACUCUCGGGUACUCGACUUUUCUUCGUACGCCUUUGACGUAUUUUGGUCAAACAUGAUGAAUACUCUGACAACUGGUGCUUGCUUGUGUAUCCCUUCCACGGAGGAGCGGCAGUGUGACUUAUCCGGAGCACUGCAAAAGUACAACAUCACAUUGGCAGACUUGACCCCAUCGGUUGCCCGUCACCUCAUGGGGUUGGAACGAUUAUCUACAAUGAUCUUAGGAGGAGAGGUCGUUCUCCGAAGUGACCGUCAACUUGCCGGCGAAAAUACAAAGGUAAUCAGUGCUUAUGGUCCAGCAGAAUGCACACCAACAGCAACAAUAUUGAACUUGUCAGAGGCCAUCGAUGGUCUUGGCUAUGGAGCAGGUGUUUGCACAUGGAUCGUCGAUCCUGACAAUGAGAGUAAGCUUGCGCCAGUAGGUGCUCCGGGUGAGCUCUGGGUGGAAGGACCUUUGGUUGGUGACGGUUAUGUGUUCGACGAGGAAAUGACGUCCAAGUCUUUCAUCCAAGACCCGGAAUGGUUGGUACGCGGCAUCCCAGGUAAGCGGCCAGGACGGCGUGGCAGGCUAUAUCGAACAGGUGAUCUUGUUCAAUACCUUCCGGAUGGAUCACUCCGAUUCCUAGGACGAAAGGACACACAGGUAAAGCUCCGGGGUCAGAGAAUCGAACUGGAAGAGGUUGAACGAGCGGUCAGGAACACUCUCUUGGGUCUAGAUCCCACUUUGGGAGAUGCGCAAGUUGUUGUGGAAGUCAUUCAACCACGAGAAACAGCUCAGAGCCUCUUGAUCGCCUUUAUAUCUCUCAAAAACUACGAAGAGGACCAUGAUGUUGCAGCGAAAAGAGCCACAGCUGGACUAGAUGAACAUUUAAGUCUCAUUCUGCCCAGUUACAUGAUUCCAUCAGUCUUUAUUCCACAAAAAGUCAUUCAGAGAACUCACACUGGCAAAGUUGAUCGCAAACUGUUGCGCAAGGUCGGAAGCGAACUCACGAGUCGGCAAAUGGCAGAGUUCAGUAAUAUGCACCAAGAACGGCGACCACCAAGUACAGACGCGGAAGAGUUGGUUCUUAAGUUAUGGGUAGAAGCUAUCAAUGUGAAUGCCGACAAUGUCGGCAUCGAUGACAACUUCUUUCGAAUCGGUGGCGACUCUAUUGGGGCGAUGAAAGUCGUCGGUUUAGCUCGACAAAAUGGUGUCCCCCAGCUGACUGUCAAGGAUGUGUUCCAAAACCCGAUUCUUCGAGAUUUGGCUUCCCUGUGCGAUGUUAGAAGGUGA